ACCACCUCAAUCAAGGGCCACUUCAGCCACCACAUUUCGCCGUCAAAACCACGACGACAGAAGCGAACCAGAGCACAAGACCCUCCACGAUAAAGCCGCCCAGACACACACCAUCUCUGUCACACACACAAGCACACACACAUAUACAUACACGAGAGAAAAAGCAGCAAUGGCGGCAGCUCUCCUCAAGGGCACGGCCUUCAUCACCGGCGCCGCCUCAGGCAUCGGACAGCACACGGCCGCCUCCUUUGCCAAGCACGGCAUCCAGCGCCUCGCCCUGGCCGACAUCAACACCUCUCUCCUUGCCACCUCCGCGGCCGCCCUGCGGAAGCAGUACCCAUCCCUCGAGGAAGUCCUCGAGCUCAACCUCGACGUGCGCAGCGAGUCCCAGGUCCGCGAGGGGAUCACCCACACGGCCCAGAAGUUCGGCCGGCUCGACGUGGCCGUCAACAACGCCGGGAUUGGGGGCACGGGCAAGCAGACGCACCUGACCGACCAGGAGGAGUGGCUGAGGGUGCUGGACGUCAACCUGAACGGUGUGUGGCGGUGCCAGAAGGCGGAGCUGGGCGUCAUGAUGGGCCAGGAGGAUCUCGGGCUCCGGCUGGGACGGGGAAAGAUUAUAAAUAUCGCCAGCAUGUAUGGCCUCGUCGCGCCGGGGGCGCCCAUGUACCAUGCCGCGUAUGCGGCGAGCAAGCAUGGCGUGGUCGGGCUGACCAAGGCGGAUGGGAACGCGUACGGGCCCGAGGGGAUAAGGAUCAAUGCGAUAUGUCCUGGAUACGUCAAGACCCCGCUGCUCCUAUCCGCGAUGGACCAGGACUCGGACUCGCCGCUGGCGCGCGACAUCCGCAACACCCCGCUCAAGCGCAUGGCCGAUAUGGAGGAGAUUGGCGACGCCGUCGCCCUCAUGGCGUCCCCCUUGGCCGGGUUCAUGCAGGGCGCUGCUGUGGUUUUCGACGGCGGGUUCACGACGCAGUAGGUUUUUU